AUGAGAAAAGUUAUAUCUAUUGAUGGAACUCAUUUGAAAAACCAAUUUGGAGGAAAUUUACUCAUUGCAACUGCACAAGAUGGAAAUUUUCAAAUUUAUCCUCUUGCUUUUGGUAUUGUUGAUUCUGAGAAUGAUGCAUCUUGGAAUUGGUUUUUGACAUGCUUACGAGAUCAAGUGCCUGAUACUACUGAUUUAGUGUUUAUAUCUGAUAGACACAAAAGCAUUAUAAAGGGAGUUCGAAAUGUAUAUAAAAAUGCUUACCAUGGAGCUUGUAUGUGGCAUCUUGGACAAAAUAUAAAGAUAAAAUUUAGUGGUAAAGGUUUGAAAAAGUUGUUUGAGAAGACGGCAAAAGCGUACAGAGUUUCAGAGUUCACAAAGUUAUUUGCUGUGAUUUCUACAAAAAAACCAAGUCUGGCAACAUACCUGAAGAAUGCAUCUUUUGAAAGCUGGUCCAGAUGUCAUUUCCAUGGUAAUCGAUACAACAUCAUGACCACCAACAAUUCUGAGUCAUUGAACCAAGUUUUUAGAGAAGCUCGAGAAUGGCCCAUCAUUCCUUUAUUGGAGGAAAUUAUCACUACACUCUCCAGAUGGUUCCAUGAGAGAAGGACAAAUGCAAAUUCUUGUCCAACACCACUUACAGUUGACGCAGAAGAUAUAAUGAGACAAAGAAACGAAUAA